ACUGCUCCAAGCCACUUCCUCAUUGGCUCCCAGCAGCCUGUGCUCAGCCACGGCUGGGCGUCAGGGGGAGGCUGGAGCCCAUAAAGGGGGGGACACGAGGCUCCAGAACUGCCAUUCCAAGGGGCUUUGGCAAAGAUCACAGCCGUCUCCUGCUACAUCCUUUGGACCUGGAGACAGACAGACCCCGAGUCCUGGGCCAGCCACCUGCGACCACCCUCCCACCUGCUCUGCCAGAAGCUGCCUGGGGACAAAGGACACACAGCAGGAACAGCUGUGACAGAAUGGCCUGGCAGGGGCUGCUCCUGGCUGUCUGCGUGCUCACGCUGCCCUCCGUCUCCACAGACUGCCUGUCCCCGUGUUCCUUGUGCGCAGUGAAGACCUGGGAUGGGCCCCGGCCCAUCAACCCACUGGUUUGCUCCCUGGAGUGCCAGACCUCCAUGCUGCCCUCUGGAGAGUGGGAGCGAUGCCAGGGUCUCCUGACCAUGUUCACCCUCGGGCUCAAGGGCCAGGGAGACUUGGAGAGGAAGGCCCUGUUGGAAGAUCCCCGUGGUGAGGUGGCUCACCCCUCUGGGCCCUUCCUGAAGGAGCUGGUGAAACACAGUUUCCUCCCCAGCACGGGAACCCAGGAGGAUUCUCUGAGCCCCAGCCUGGAGGAGAAGCUCAGGGGCCUGUCAGGCAGGGCUGGGGAGGGAGCCAAGCUGGAGCAGGUGGGGAAAGCACAGCUGGAAGGUGGUGUGAUGGAGGCAGAGCCACUAGGGUCUGAUGAGGUGGACCCCAAGGAACAGGUUAAGCGCUAUGGGGGCUUCUUGCGCAAAUACCCCAAGAGGAGCUCGGAGGUGGCCGGAGAGGGGGACAGGGACGAGGAUGCGGCAGGCCACGAAGACCUGUAUAAACGCUAUGGGGGCUUUUUGCGGCGCAUCCGUCCCAAGCUCAAGUGGAACAACCAGAAGCGUUACGGUGGUUUUCUCCGGCGCCAGUUCAAGGUGGUGACUCGGUCUCAGGAAGACCCCAAUGCCUACUCCGGAGAGCUCUUUGGGGUGUAAAUGCCUCCCCAUCGUGGAGUCCAGUUCAGAGGCACCCCCACCCCGCUGUCCCCCCAGAUCGGAGUGCAUUCAGUCAUCCUUUCCUGCGUGCCCGUCCCGCUUAGCCCAGCCCUUUCCACAGAACAUCCAAACCAGAUGGGCUUCUCUUCUGGGAUCCACACUGAGGAAGGCAGGGGGUUCCCCACCAGCUCAUAGGCUUAGUGUUUGUCCCAGCUCAUGACCAACUUCUGAAAUCUGUCCCUCCGUCAUGUUCUUAUGACUCCUGCCCCCCCAGUCUCAAUGACCCAGUGUGACGUGGACUUCUAGAGCUAUGACUCCCCAGCUUUACUGACCACCUGCUCCUUUCAGAAGAAACAUGAGAAACAACCCCCCCGCCCCCCAUCGCCAGAUGAGCUAUGGAGGGAGCUUCAAAGAGUUCAUGGGA